CAGACAGUCGGAUGGAAAAAUGAAAGUACAGCAAAUGUUGCAGCCACAUUGGCUCUCGUGCAUCUACUCCAUAGCCAUUGUUGUUGCCACUGUUGCUGAUUACGCAAGCGCGCUGCAACCGCCACAGCCACAAGCACAGCCAGAGCCGCAGACACAGCGCGCACAAGAGCAAGAGCAGCCAAAAGCACUGGCCCAAAAACAACUUCAACAUGCGGAAGUGAACCAUACCACAAGUGAAUCGUUGAGAUUUGGCGUAAAAAUUGUUGACUAUCCUGUUGCUAAGUUAAAUAGCAGCAACACUUCUAUUAAUGCUACCCACUAUCAAAACCCCGCGAAUCGAAACGAACAACAACGGCAACAACUACAAUCCGUUAUACAGACGGUGAAUAGCGUACCAGCGCCAAGGGUUGCGCGGCGCUAUGAUGCGCCCACCGCUCCAGCCACUCAACUAGUUGCUCAAUAUGAUGUGCCGCUGGUGCAGAAGAGCCGUGUUGCAAGCAGCACACCAAAGACAUCUUCGGUUGGGAUGGCAGCUCCCACAGUGAUAUCUAGGUCAAAGCAAGAAGGUACUAACUCAAGAUCGAAUUCACGCGAUAGUAUAGCAGCUGCGACAUCAACAGGUCAACGUUCGAAUUCUUUAGAUUCCCAAGCUCAAAGUGCACGGCAGCCAGCAGCUAGUCGUGUUCGCAAUUCAAAUGCUUCAAAUGUGGCAAAGCAGCAAACGCAAAGGAGGGAUGAGAAGCGCAGCAAAGUAGUGCCACAGCCAUCAUCAUCAGUGCCAGCAGUUAGUGCUGGCAAUCGGCGGGGGGUGAAUAAAUCGCGAAAAGUUGUGAGUGUAACAAAUACAGCAAUUAGUAGUGUGGCAACUACAGCGGUAACGCCGACGUCCACAUCCACGCCCAAACCCACAACUGUUCGCUCACCAUCGAAUGGCAAUAGCGCACCAAGUAAUCCUUUCAGUUUUUUCUCUCCCGCACUUUGGGGUCUCUCCAGCCCUCCUAAACCAUCACCUAAACCACCAUCAACCAAAAAACCACCAAAAAAGUACACACCACCACCAUCUCCCGUGGUUACAGCAGCGCCACCAACUAAGGAAAAGAAAAACAAUUAUCAAAAGCCAGCAGUUCCAACAACAACAGCUUCUCUAGUUUCAAAUGUAAUUCAAACAACAACACCUGCAUCCAAAAAGAGUACCACUGAUGGUCCAUUUCGCAUCGCCUUGCCCACAUUUAACUUAUUUAAUGCUCCGGCCCAAAGGUCAAACGAUCCGGUUAGUGAGAAGGACAAACGCAACAUAGCGCAAAACCUACGCAAUCAAUUCAAUUGUCCACGCGAGAGUGAGGUACGUUUUCAGCUCUUUCCUAAAAUUUGUAAAAACGAUGAGGACUGCACCGUUUGGAAUCGCGAUGAGCUGUGCUGUGAAAUAUUUGGCGCAAAAAGUUGUGUAUCGGGCAUACCCAAGCCACUUGAAGAGACUUCCCAUACACCCAUAUUGGGAUUAAUACCACGCAAAUGCCCUGCCCGUCCAUUGGCAGAGCUGUGGUGGCAAGUGCAGGAGUGCCAAACAGAUAUGGACUGUUGGCCGCGAGUUUGUUGUCCUGACGGAAAUAAACGUUACUGCAGAACCUCACAGCCGGAGCUGGAAACAGUGCCAGUGCCGGUGAAGCGUUCGUUCAAUUAUCUGACCGAGUACCUUGAAUGCACGCCAGCACCGCCACCUAUCUUCGAUCUACAUCCAAAGACCUGUGCAUCCACUCUGGACUGUUUUCCGAAUGUUUGUUGCCAGGAGGCUGGCUUGCGGCAUUGUCGCCCACCGAAAAAAUCUUUACUCACUUUGAUGGCUAAUUUCCUAAAUGUCGAUUUCGUUAAAAGGCUUGCACAAAAUAUUGUUAUAAAGUGAUUUACCUAGUUGAUUGAAAGUAUUACCAUACAUAUGGAUUUAAAUUUGCUCAAAAUUCAUUGGCAUUUUUUAAAUAGGGUAUUUUUCGCGGUCAAGUGAUAUAUAUAAGUACUCACUUACGAAUAUUGAAAUGUGUCCGUAUAAGAGAUAUGU